AUGGACAACAUCAGUACCCACGGAGUCCUCCGUACUUCCAUCGCGGUGAAUAUCUACCUACAGCUGCAAGAAUUUGCAAGCGGUGCUACGGCCUGUCUGGUGCUGGUUGCAUUGGCCACAAUCCCGUCAGUCCUGGCGCUCAAAGGGUGUCUAUCCCGCGGAGCUAGACCAAAUCGACAGUUUCCUCUUUACGAAGAUGAAGACGGCACAGCGACGGAAGAGUCUCAAGCGAGUUUCUCGGACUCUGUGCCACGAUAUGGCAUCCUGCUCUGGUCAUUGGUAGGAUCUGUAGCCGCCCUGGCAGCAGCCCUAUGCGUAACUGUCGACCCGGGAUUUAUCGGAUCUAUCAUUCCAUGCUUUUGGUUUCUUUUUGCUACUGCGCUUCUUGGAAAUUUCCAAGCACUCAUCAUCUUCAAUGAUAAGAAUUCUGGUCGCAAAGCCACGUUGGGGCUUUACACGUCGCUCACUGCAGUGAUUAUCGUGGUCGAGAUUUUUCUGCUGAUUGGAUCUCGAGAACUCUCCAGGGCGGGGGUGCCAGCCUAUACAGCUCUGCGUUCGGUGCAAAUCGUCGCAGCUCUCUUCCAGGCAAUCAGUGGCAUGUGCCUUCCCCGCCGGCCAGAUGUAUAUGUUGAGGGACAGCGCGUGGAUAGAGAGCAUACGGGUUCCAUUCUUGGACAGUAUUCAUUUGCAUGGGCUGGAGAGGUCAUGGACUUAGUGAAACAAGCACGCCACAUAGGAAUCAAAGAUUUGCCUGUGUUAGAAGCAAAGAUGCGGACAGGGUUUGUGCACGACGACUUACAGCAUGAACGAGAACCGGCUCGGCUAUGGCGCACCCUGUUCAAAACACACUAUAAAAAGUGUCUUGUCCAAUGGCUCCUGGUUCUCAUCAUGUGCUUCUCCCAGCUCCUGCCCCAAUUCUGUCUCCUUCGGAUACUACAGAGACUGGAGGCAAGGCAAGACACUUAUCCUAGCCAUGUACCCCUAGGGGCCUGGGUAAUUGGGCUAGGAGUAUCAGUUAUAGGUAACUCUUGGAUCGAGAACACAAUGAAUUGGCUUUCCCUUGGAAAAAUUGGCCUGGGUGUAUAUGAACAACUCUCCGCUCUGGUCGUUUGGAAAGGCAUGCGGCUCAAGGACAUCAAAGGCGAUGAACAGCCCGAGCAAGACAAUCAAGGGAAAGGGUCGAAGCAUACACCCAUCAAUCUUCUCGCAGUUGACUCCCAGCGAGUCGCCGACUUCGCUGCCACGAACCACUUAGCCGUUUCAUCUAUCCUGAAGCUCGCUCUUUCCUUCGCAUUCCUUUCGAGACUUGUGGGGGCUGACUGCUUGGCAGUCGGGUUAACUGGGUUCUUCUUGACCGCGCCUUUCAACAUGCUAUGCACGAGGAAGUACUCAAUAAGCCAAAGUCAGCUGAUGAAGAUUCGAGACCAGAAACUUGCCAUUGUAACAGAGGCGUUGCUAGGCAUUCGACAGAUCAAGUUUUCCGCGCUUGAGCCAGAGUGGUACCAAAAGAUCAAAGAAACUCGAGACCAAGAACUCCGCGCUCUGAGGAAGACCUUCAGAUUCAUGACAGGGCUCGUCUUCGUCUGGGUAUUCGGUCCUGUCAUGCUUUCUGCCGCCACCUUGGGCGCGUACGUGCUUCUCCAUGGGAACUUAACGGCAUCGGUGGCGUUUGUCACGAUAUCUGUGUUUAGCAACGUCGAAUCCACUCUGGGUCUCUUGCCUGAGCUGACGAGCAAAAUUGUGAACGCAAAGAUUAGCGCAAAGCGAAUCGAAGACUACCUCAACUCUAACGAACUGGACAAUCAUGUAAUGCAUGGCGAUACAAUCGCCUUCAAGGAAGCAACCGUGAAAUGGCCUGCAUUGGGACCUAUUGCUAAUGCUUUCACACUUCGAAACAUUAACCUUCAGUUUCCUAACGGGCAAUUGAGUAUCAUCUCCGGCAAGGUCGGUGCGGGUAAAAGUCUUCUGCUCGCUUCGAUUUUAGGCGAAGCUGAUAUUAUCACCGGUACCGUUACAGCACCGCACCCUCCAAACCACCAAAAACGGUUCGACGAAUUUGCCACCCCGAUGUCCUGGAUUAUUCCCUCUGCUCGAGCUUACGUGUCCCAAAUACCUUGGAUUCAAAACGCAACAAUCCGGGAAAACAUACUUUUUGGCCUCCCGUAUCUGGCAGAACGAUACACUCAAGUGAUGCAUGCCUGUGCCCUAGUAAAGGAUAUGGACUUGUUCGAGUCUGGUGAUCAGACAGACAUUGGGGCUAAUGGGGUGAAUCUGAGCGGAGGCCAGAAAUGGCGGCUGGCAUUCGCAAGGGCUUUGUAUUCACGGGCUGGUAUCUUGAUCCUGGAUGACAUAUUCAGUGCCCUUGAUGCGCACGUCGGAAAAUUCAUAUAUGACCAUGCUUUGACGGGUGAGCUUGGAAGAGGAAGAACGCGAAUCCUGGUAACCCAUCACAUUUCACUUUGUCUGCCUCAAGCAGAAUAUUGUGUUUUCCUCGCCGAUGGGACGGUCGAGCUCGCGGGUUCCAAAAAUGACCUUUGCAAGAAAGGAAUUCUCUCAGACUAUGCGAGGAAUAAAACGGCUGAUGAUAGCAUUGCCAUUCAACCACGGGAGAGCCCCCUGCAGCAACAGUUGGCGUCUUUCAAUGAUACUGGCAAAGUCAAUGCCGGUCCACCUCUCCCUUCUGCACGUUUCAUGGCGGACGAAAAGCGUCAAACUGGCAAAGUGAAGUGGCAAGUAUAUGGCAAGUACAUCAAAGCUUCCGGUAUUCUGUCCUUGGGGCUCGUGCUUUUAUUCUUUACUGCCUUUGUUGGGUCGAAUUUUGGGCGCACUUGGUGGCUCAGCCUAUGGACGCGUCGCUACGAAAGGCAAACCCUCCUGCCCUCUUUACUGUCAACUGAGACGAACCAGCAGACAAGGCUGAGCACUUUACGCUCCGCGAUGGCCGACGAAUUAUGGUACUACCUCGGAAUUUACAUUGCGCUGUCCGGAAUUACAUGUGUGUUGGGCACAGUCCGAUAUUACUUCCUCUACCGUGGAUCCGUGCAAGCAUCGCGAGUCCUAUUUGAACGGUUAUCCUACGUCAUGCUCCGCAUGCCAUUGCGGUGGUUGGACACAGUUCCAAUUGGUAGUAUUCUGAACAGGCUCACAGCCGAUUUCAAUGUGUUGGACUCUCGUCUCGCGGAUUCCUACGGGUAUGUCAUAUACAAUGUAUUUGUGAUGAUUGGCACGAUCCUUGCCGGGUUAGCUGUCUCGCCUUAUAUCGCGUUCCUCGUGGUUGUUUUGCUCGCUACGUCGUUGCGAUUCGGCAACCGGUAUCUGAUCGGAGCCCGUGAGGUGAAGCGACUGGAGAGUAUCUCGAAAAGCCCCAUAUUGGAGCAGUUCGGGUCUGCCUUGACGGGCAUCGGUACGGUACGGGCUUUUCAAAUGUCCAACGCCUACGUCAAAAAGCUACAUGGGCAUAUAAACGAUUGGGCACGAGCGUAUUGGUAUACGAUGCUAUUUUCUCGGUGGUUGAAUCUGCGCCUGAAUAUAUCCGGGACGGUGUUUACCACUGUGACGGCUGCGAUGGUCGUAUCGAUACCGAGUAUCGAUGCUCCCUUAGCGGGUUUCUGUCUCAGCUUUGUGCUCCAGUUCAGCCAGACAAUUAUCUGGGUUGUCCGUGACUUUGCAAGCUUAGAAAUCGCCAUGAAUGCGCUGGAACGAAUCUCGGAAUAUUGCGACUUAACCCCAGAGACUGAAUCUGGAAUGGAUCCUCCAGCUGCAUGGCCGACCAACGGACACCUAAAGGUGUCCAAUCUGGUGGUUACAUAUGCACCAGAGCUGGGGCCCGUUCUCAAGGGGUUGAGCUUUGAAGUACAAAGGAAUGAGCGGGUCGGCGUUGUCGGGCGCACCGGUGCAGGCAAGAGUACCUUAACCCUGGCGCUCUUCCGAUUCUUGGAGGCGAGCGAGGGUUCAAUCGACAUUGACGGGAUCGACGUCUCCAAGAUUAAGCUUCGCGAACUCAGAAAGCGCGUUGCUAUCAUCCCACAAGAUCCCAUUCUCUUUUCUGGGACCGUACGCUCCAACCUCGAUCCUUUUGACGAAUAUUCGGACGAGACCCUGUCCGAUGCAUUAAAUCGGGUCCACCUUGGUCGAACUGGGAUCCAGGACGACAACAACAGCACAGACGGUGAUGGCUCGCACCACGCCCUCGAUUUGUGUUCCAAGGUCAGCCAAGGGGGGCUCAAUAUGUCCCAGGGCCAAAGGCAACUUCUCUGCUUAGCACGCGCCAUUGUGUCACGACCUAAAAUCAUUGCCCUCGAUGAGGCAACGUCGGCUGUAGACAAGAAGACCGACCGUUUCAUACAGGGGAGCAUUCGCGAAGAGUUCAAGGAUAGUACGCUGUUGGUUAUUGCACACCGACUGAGUACCGUGGCCGACUUUGACAAGAUCCUCGUCAUGGGUGACGGGAGAGUGGUCGAGUACGACUCACCGAGAGUACUGAUCAACAAGGAGGGAGGCAUGCUGCGGGAUAUGAUUGAGCACAGUGAUGAGAAAGAACUUAUCCUGAAAACCAUUGGAGCACGGUGA